AUGUUGGCUUUUUAUUCUUCAGAUUUAGAUUUAAUAAUAGAAGAUAGUGCAUAUAUGUUAAUACCAUUAGACGAUAGAUUAAUAAAUAGAUGCCAUGGUAUAUUUGAUAGCAUGUAAAUAAAAAAAUAUAGAUUUCAUAGAUUAUAAUAACAUUUAGAUAGAUUUUAAGCUUCUGCUACAAAAGUUGGUAUUUAAUUACCUUUAUCUAUAGAAGAAAUAAAGUAAAAAAUGAUAGAAUUAUCUUAAUUUUCUUAUAUUAAAUUAUAAUAAUGUUCUGAUAUUAAUUUAUAAGAUAUUAAUUUAAAUAUGAGAAUUUGGUUGUCUUCUGGAAAAGGUGAUUUUGGAAUUUAUUCUUUUGAUAAAUAACCUAUUUUUUAUUGUUGUACUUUUAUACCUAAUACUAAUGUUGAAAUUCUAAAUAAAGGAGUUAAAGAGUAUUGUGUUUAAUUAGGUGAAUAAUAAGAAAAUAUGAUAAAAUCAGCUAAAUCAACAAAUUAUUUAGAAAACGCAAUUAUAGCUAAUACAUCUAAAUAAAAAGGAGGAUAUUAAGGAUUAAAAAUAGACGAAAACGGAAAUGUAUUGGAAGCUGCAAUGGCUAAUAUUGGUAUUGUAUUGAAAAAUCAAGAAUUUUGGACACCACCUGGAGAGAAAAUAGUAGAAGGAACAACUUUAAAAAAAUGCUUUUAAUUUAUGAAAGAAGAAUUAAUACCAAAAAAAAUAAUUAAUUAAAUAUAAAUAAAAUACUUUAAUUUAGAUUUUAUAUUUAAAAAUGCAAUUGAGGUUAUAUUAUUUGGUGGAGAUAAAAUUAUUCCUGUUCUUUCUAUUAACGACAUUUUUAUUGGAGAUGGAAAUAAAGGUGUUGUUUGUGAAAACAUACAAAAAUGGUAUAUUAAUUAAGGCGGAGAAGAUGAAGGAGAUGAAGAAAUUGAUUUAAAUAUGAAUAAAGAAUAAUUAUUAGAUUACAAAGGAUUAAUUUCUGUUUCAGGAGAUGGUUUACCUCAUGAAAUAAUAAAUGGAUUAUUUAAAAGAAACGAUAGAGAUGAAAUUUUAGAUUAUAUAGGUUUAGGUAUUUUACCUGGUGGAAGUGGCAAUGCAAUUAUUUCUAGUAUUUUAUAUUAAAUUUAGGAGCCUAGAACUUUAGAGUGUGCUGCUUAUUAAAUUUGUAAAGGUGUAUUUCAUAAAAUGGAUAUAUUUAAAUUCUAAUGCAGUUAAAAUUAGCAUUUUUAUGGAGUUUUAUCAGUAGCUUGGUCAUAUAUUUGCGAUUGUGACUUAAACUCAGAACAUUUGAGGUUUUUGUCUGAUCUUAGAUUUGAUGUUUUUGGCGUUUAUAGAGCAAUUUUUUAGAAAAAUUAUAAAGGGAAAUUAUCUUUUACUUGUUAAAAUAUAGAUGCAUUACCUCCUUUAGAAUAAAGUUUGGAGAAUAAUGAAGAUUGGAAACAUAUAGAGAAUGAAUUUAAGUAUUUUAUGUUAAUGAAUACUCCUAUGAUUACUAAAGAUUAUGUAUGUGCACCUUUAUGCAAAAUAGAUGAUGGGUUUUUAGAUUUAUAAUAUGUUAGUAAAAAUGAAGGAUGGUGGUAGUUUGUAAAAUUUGUAUUGAAGUUUUAGAGUGGAUAACAUUUUUAAAAAAAUAGUGGAAUUAAAUUUUCACAUUAAAAGAUAAAAGCAUUUAGAUUAGAAGAUUUAGGAAGUGGACAUGGAUAAUUUUCAAUAGAUGGGGAAAAAUAUGAAAAUAUACCUGCUUUAUAGCCUAAUUAAGUUCUUAUAAAAGUUGAAUCAGCUCCUAUAAAUCCUUCCGAUCUCUUAUUUAUAUAAAAUAAAUACCCACAUUAAAGAAAAGCACCUUGUGUUGCAGGGUUUGAAGGUUCUGGUACUGUAGUAAAAAGCGGAGGAAAUGACAUAGCCGACUCUCUUGUAGGAAAAAAUGUAUCUUUUAUAACUACUUCUGAACAAGGUUCAUAUUCAGAAUAUACAAUAGUUGAGGCUUAAUAUGCUAUUGAAAUAAAAGGCGAUAUUUCAUUCAAUUAAGCAAGUACUAGUUUCGUGAAUCCUUUUACAGUAAUAGGAAUGUUAUAAACUGUUUAAUAAAAAAAUGUAAAAGCAGUUGUGCAUUCAGCUGCUGCAUCUGCUUUGGGAAAAAUGUUUGUAAGAUAUUUCCAAAAAAACAACAUUAAAGUAAUAAAUGUUGUCCGAAGGGAAGAAUAAGUAAAAGAACUAGAAAAAGAAGGUGCUGAAAUAAUAUUAAACUCAGAAAAAGAAGAUUUUAAAGUAAAAAUAAAAGAAUUAGCCGUAAAAAAUAACGCGACGAUUUUCUUUGAUGCGGUAGGAGGAAAGUUAACAGGAUAAGUACUAGAAAAUAUGCCUGAUGGUUCAACAGCUUAUAUCUAUGGAAUUCUAGAUUAAGAACCAGUCUAAGUUUCUUAAUAAGAAUUCGUAUUUUAAGAAAAAACAGUUACUGGUUGGUGGCUUAAAAAACAUUUAGCUUAAGUGGGAAUUCAAGGAUUUUAAUUUAUGGCAUAGGAAAUGUAAACAUUGUUAGGUAGUUUACUUAAAACUGAGAUUUAAGGAGAGUUUUCAUUAAAUUAAGGAAAUUAAGCUAUUGAUGUUUAUUAAAAAAAUAUGACUAAAGGAAAAGUUAUAAUAAAGCCUUAGUUAUAUAAAUGA